UCCAGGAUGUCUUCACUAACAGAAAAGGACAGACCAAUUGUUCAGCUGUUGCUGAACACUGGCACUUGCCCACGAUGUAUUUUGAGGUUCUGCUGCGUGGGAUCACAGACGCUUUAUAGACAUCCAUACAAGGAUUUGAUGAAGGAUUUAAAAGAAUUUCUGAAAAAUAAUCAAGAAAAAGAAGAUACGGUUUGUUCUGACGUAGUUGAUCCUCCUUGUAAGAGAAUCAGACUCGAACACACAGAAGAAGGGCCUGGUGAUCUGAACCACAAUGGAGCACUCCAGCAGAUUCCUUCGGUUAAUGAUGGAAACACUGCAAUGGAGGACUCAGCUGUGAAGGUUUGCAAUGUGUGUUUGGGAAUUCUUCAGGAGUUCUGCGAGGUUGACUUUGUUAAAAAGGUGUGCCAGAAGGUUAAUUCUGCUGACUACCAGUUCACUAGUUUUGUAUUCUCUGUGUCACUACCCCCACAGCUGUCUGUUAGGGAGCGUGCUGCUUGGCUGCUGGUAAAACAGGAAAUGGGAAAACUGGGCCUUUCCUUGGCAAAGGAUGACAUUGUUCAGCUGAAAGAAGCUUAUAAGUGGAUUAUUCAUCCCCAGUUGUCAGAAGAGUUGGGUGUUCCUGCCGAUGGAAAGAGUUUGUUUGAAGUUAGCGUGGUCUUUGCUCACCCGGAAACAGAGGAUGAGUGCCGUUUCCUAGCCACAGCCUGUCCAGACUGUUUCAAACCAGCGAAGAACAAACAGUCUGUUUUCACUAGAAUGGCAGUUAUAAAAGCUCUAGAGAAGAUAAAAGAAGAGGAUUUUCUCAAGCAUUUUCCAUGUCCCCCAAGUUCACCAAAGAACCUCUGUGUUGCUCUGGAAAUCCAGUGCAAUAAUGGUGCAGUUUUUGUGGCUGGAAGAUACAACAAAUAUUCAAGGAAUUUACCUCAGACUCCCUGGAUUAUUGAUGGGGAACGGAAGCUGGAAUCUUCAGUGGAAGAACUGAUUUCAGAGCAUCUAAUGGCAGAAUUCAAAGCAGACAGCUUUAAUUUUUCUUCCUCUGGAAGAGAAGAUGUGGAUGUAAGAACGCUAGGCAAUGGAAGGCCCUUUGCAAUUGAGCUUGUGAAUCCUCGUAGAAUACGUUUUACUGCUGAGGAAAUGAAGGGACUUCAGCAGACAAUUAAUAACUCUUCAGACAAAAUACAGGUUCGAGAUUUACAGCUUGUCACCAGAGAGGCAAUUGGUCGUAUGAAGGAGGGUGAAGAGGAAAAGACAAAGACCUAUAGUGCCUUAAUAUGGACAGACAAAGCAAUACAGAAGGAAGAUAUUGCAUUUCUAGAUGAUAUCAAGGAAUUAAAACUUGACCAGAAGACACCUCUCCGGGUUCUUCACAGGCGGCCUUUAGCUGUAAGAUGUCGGAUCAUUCACACCAUGCAAUCUGAGUACAUAGACGAGCAUCAUUUUCGCCUGCAUCUGAAGACUCAAGCAGGAACCUACAUUAAAGAAUUUGUGCAUGGAGACUUUGGAAGAACAAAGCCCAAUAUUGGCUCCCUACUGAAUAGAACCGCCGACAUUCUGGAGCUGGAUGUAGAAUCUGUUGAUGUUGACUGGCCUCCAACAUUGGAUAAUUAACUUUUCAAGUUGGGACGAGGAAGAAGCAGCAACUCUGUCAGCAGCUGGUUACUGAACGCUGUACAGUAUUACAGCUUGGUUGCAAAGUAUUUCUGUUGAACGUUUGGAUCAUGUUGAUCUGCCAAAGGAUACUGUUACUUUGAAUCGACUUUAAACACUCUGAAACAGGUAGUGUUCGUUCAAUCUCUAGCCUUAUUUUAAUUUCUUCUGCGCAUAAAAAGAUUUUGGUAAGCUAGUGUAUUGAUAAGUCGUCUUUUUAAAAAACAAUUGAGAAAAAGAUAAAUGGUGUAACGUGCAAAUGGUGUACUGAGCAAGUACAUCAAAUGUGCAGUAGUUUUUAAUUAAAACAUUUUAAAUAACCCUCC